UGAAAACAUCCGCGUAAUUUGUUAGACCUUGCGGUCACGAUCGGUACUAAUCACGAAACUAGUGUCAAGAGCGAUGAGAAUAGAAAGCAGCUGUUGAGUGCUAGGUUUUAAGGAGCGUUUUUCAACGUUUUUAAAGAGGUUCACUUUUUUCAUUUAUCAGAGGGGAAUGGAUCAGUUUGGAGAGCCUCCAAACUUUUACCAAAAUGAAGGAAAACCCCUGCAGAAUCUUACAAAAAUGCUAGCAAGGUUAAAAAAUGAAAAAGCCACACUUUUCCAUUUAUGAGAGGCGUCUGGAUCAGUUUGGAGACGCUCCAAACUUUCACCAAUUUGAAGCGAAGGGCCUGCAGAAUCUUAUAAAAAUGCCAGCAAACCAAAAAAAUUAAAAAACGGGCAAAAAACAUAAACCCACAGUCUGGCGCGGGAAUCUAGUCGCGCCAGAAGCUUAAACGCCGGGCGAGGGUGGUGGCUGGCCACUGCGCCACCCGCGACAUGCUACAGGGCCCACGUCGUCAGAAGUCACUGCGUCCAAUUCGGCGCGCCCUCGAAUCACCAGGGGAGGAGAAGGGGAAGAGAGAGGAGCAGACGGCAGCGACAUGCGAGCCAACCCGCACAGAGCUCGCGCCGCCGUGGGCUGGGUUCUCUGAAGAGCUGCCGCGGCUGUCGUCCUCCGCCGCCUCCCUCCCUCGCUUCUCGCUCCCCUGUGAUUCGAGGGCGCGCCGCGGUGUCUGCGGCUGGAGCAUGGCCACGCACCGCCCAGCGGCCCGCGGGCGUGCUCCCGUCUUUUCUGCUAAGUCGUUCCACCUGUUCGGCCGUCGUCUGGUCUGUCGUUCUGUCUGUUCCGUCGUCUUGUCUGUUCUGUCUGUUCGGUCGUUCUGUCUGUCCGGCCGUUCUGUCUGGCUGUUCGGUCUCUCUGUCUCUUCUGUCACUCUGUUUGCUCGGUCGUCUUGCCUGUUCUGUCGCUCUGUCUGUCCCGCUGGUCGUUCUGUCUGUUGCGCCGUUCUGAUUGUUCGGCCGUCUUGCCUAUUCUUCAGCCAUUCCCGCGCGCCUGUUCGCUCGUCCUGCCUGUUCAGUCGUUCUGCCUGUUCAGCUUGUUCGGCCGUUCUGUCUGUUCAGGCGUCUUGUUUGUUCAGUCGUUCUGCCGCGCGGCUUGUCCAUUCGCUCGGCCCGUUCAGCCGGUCUGCUUGUCCAGUGGUUUCGCCUGUUCUGACGCUCUGCCCGUUCAGUGGUCCCGCCUGUCCCGUCUUUUCGGUCAUACAGUCGGCCGGGCCAGUCGUUUCGGCCGUGCAGUCUUUCCGCCUGUUCAGGCGCCGCGCCUGUGUGCAAACGCAGCAAAGUGACGACGCACCUGAGCACCGCGCCACAGCGAUGCGGCGGCGGGGUGCACAGUUUUCCCGGAGGCUUGCGCGUUUUUGGUCUGUGCUCCUACUGUGGUCAUUGGGGAAACACUUCCGAAAACUCCAGAGCGGUGAAGCCUUCUACGGUGGGCGCCGUCAUCGGUUUCGCCCGCGUCGUUUAUCGGUUUCGGCUUUUUCAGCCUUAGGCUAGGAAGCAAGCCCGCCAAAAAACGAGACACACGGCGAAGCCCCUCAGGUGCAGAAUGGCCACAAAACAAAACACAAACGCGGGAAAAAAGGCCAAAAAAGCGAAGACAAAACGCAAGAAGCGCCCAGCCGCUUUGUAAGUCCCUCCGGCGGUUUCGGCCUGCCUAAAGUCUGUCUCUUAAUAAUUUCGAACUUCGUGCGGGCAUCGGUUUCGAGUGGUGCGCCAUCGGUUAAACCCGAAAGAAACUGCGCCGCAAAACCGCCCAGCGCACCCCCGCCGCGGCCACAAGCAGCCGCCCCCGAAACAAAGAGGGGAACCAGCCCAGAGACUUCGCCCAGCUUGAGAGACACAACGCGGCGCACGCCGGCCGCAGCGACCGCGGCGCGCCCUCGGAUCACCGGGGGAGGAGAAAGGGAAGAGAGAGGAGCAGACGGCAGCGACAUGCGAGCCAACCCGCGCGGAGCUCGCACCGCCGUGGGCUGGGUUCUCCGAAGAGCUGCCGCGGCUGUCGUCCUCCUCCGGCUCCCUUCUUCGCUUCUCGCUCCCCGGUGGUUCGAGGGCGCGCCGCGGUGGCUGCGGCUGAAGCGUGGCCACGCACAGCCCAACGGCCCGAGGGCGUUCCCCCGUCGUUUCUGUUGAGUCGUUCUACCUGUUCGGCCGUCGUCUUGUCUUGUCUGUCGUUCUGUCGUCUUGUCUGCUCUGUCGUCUUGUCUGUCCCGUCGUUCUGUCUGCUCCGUCGUUCUGUUUGUUCGUGCGUCCGUUCUGUCUGGGGGUUCGGUCUCUCUGUCUGUUCUGUCAUUCUGCUCGCCCGGUCGUCUUGUCUGUGCUGUCGCUCUGUCUGUUCCCUCGUCCUGUCUGUUCUGUUGCGCCGUUCUGCUUGUUCGGCUGUUCUGUCUGUUCAGUUGUUCGAGCCUGCCUGCCCGUCCGUUCUGUCUGUUCGGUCGUUCUGCCUGUUCAGUCGUUCUCCUUGUUCGGGCGUCCUCUUCUGUCUGCUCAGUCGUUCUGCCUACCAGGUCUCUCGGCCUCGCCUGUCCAUUCGUUCGGCCCGUUCAGUCGGUCUGCCUGCCCCGUGGUUCUGCUUGUUCCGACGUCCUGCCCGUUCUUUCAGUCGUUCCGCCUGUCUUGUCUCUUCGGUCAUACAUUCGGCCGGGCCAGAGGUCUCGGCCGUUCAGUCUUUCCGCCUGUUAAGCCGCCGCAUCGAUGUGCAAACGGAGCAAAGUGGCGACGCACUGGAGCACCGCGACAGAGCGACGCGGUGGCGGGGUGCAUAGUACUCCCAAAGGCUUGCGCUUUUGGUCUGUGCUCCUACCGUGGUGGGUGGGGAAACACCUCCAAAAAGUCCAAGGCGGUGAGGGCUUUUCGGGUGCCGUUAUCGGUUUCGCCUGGGUCUCCUAUCGGUCUCGGCUUUUGAACAGAUAGGGCCAGGAAGCAAACCCGCCAAAAAACGAGCCACGCGGCGAAGCCUCUCAGCUGGGGAAUGGUCGCUAAACAGAACACAAACGCGGGAAAAAAGGCCAAAAAGUAAGGGCAAAACGCGAAAAGCCUCCGGCCGCUUUGCGACUCCCUUAGCGGUUUCGGCUUGCCUGAAUUCUGUCCCUUAACAGUUUCGAACUCCGUGCGGGUAUCGGUUUCGGGUGGUGGUCAGAAGCUCGCCCGGGCCCAACUUAGUCAGCAAUUGGAAGACAAUGCGGCCAGCAGUGGCUCGCAGAAGUUUACCUCUCGCGCGCUCUCUUAUUGAAAUUAAACUUUUCCGGGGCUCUUGGGAUCGGCAAAAGAAACCAGAGGCGAAAGCGAUACGAAACAAACAGGAAACACAGAAGAAAACGGAGGGCCUUGGCAGAAGGUGCGACCGAAUUACGGGGCAGAAAAAGAAAAACUAGAUGCCAAGAAAAUGAAAAACGCAGAAGAGCGACGUUGCCUCUCAGCAGUUUCGCUUAAAAGUUUUGCGGAGAGUUGAAACCGAUAGCCUGGAAAUCGGUCGGCUGAGCUGCCUUGUAGUUGUACUUGAAUCCAUGUAGUGACGCCGUCGGGCUGUUUGCUUUUCUUGCUCUUCAAAUAUUUUGGGGGAAAAUGCUCCGACCUGCUACCCCUGGCUCACCCUUGGAGUGCUGGUGCUUUGGGUCGCGGUUAAGGGUCAUUGGGAAGCCAGGGCGGCGCCUGGUGUUCACCUGUUCCGCGGACGCUGCUGAAGCUCCAUCAGAUUCCGCCGGAAAUCAGCAGCGCCCGCGCCCCUCCUUCAGGGCCCGGCGGGAAUCCUUGCGGGCAGCGUCGCCAACGGUGGCGGCCUGGGGGGAAGCUGGUGUAGCUUUGGUCUCCCAUUCGGAUCCCAGUCGAGACCGCGCCCAAGGCUCCACCGCCUGGGCCCUCCUCUGGCCAAGGUGGGCAGGAAGCUGCUUCGGAUCCCGCCUCAGCGCCACUAGGUCACCACCCGCAGCAAGAUGGCGAGGCAAUUCCUAGGGGUCUUUUCGAAAAACCACGAGAGCCCGCGGCCCCGGCUUCGGGCCGGAUGCUCCAGGCCCGGAAGCCGGCCUGCGAUGGGUCGCAGACCUGCGCGGCGCGGCGCUGCCGCGCUUCUCCAAAAGGCGUGGCGGCUAUUUGCAAGCUUUUGGCCUGUGCCUUCAGUAAACAGGGAGGGGCGCCGGCCUUGAAGCAAGGGGCCACGGCCCCGCACACAAGGGCCCGGCUCUUGGCCGGGCGCUCCAUGCCUGGCAGCCGGUCCGCAGUGGGUCGAUGGCUUUCGCGGACCAGCAAAGAAGAGCCGGCCGCUGGCAAGUUUCUGGCCUAAAACUCUAGAAGGAGACCGGGAAAAAGGCCGGCCAGGGGGGAACGGGCAACGGGCUCGGACGCCGGGGCCCGGUUUCCGGCCUGGUGCUCCAAGCCUGCUAACCGGUCGCCGGCCUUCCCCUCUUGUGCUUAGAUGUGCGGCCUCCCGGUACUUACUCACGAGCAAAAGAGGCCGGCCUCCGUUCCCGUGGGCCGCGGUAGAGGGCGGGGCCCCCCCUUUCGUUACCCCCCUCCGGAUGGUGAGAUCCCGCUGGCACUAGGUCGAAAACCGGUGCGACCCGCUGCGCCCCCGUGAUCCCUCUCGCGAUGAGUCGACGAGCCCGCGGCGGCCCUCGUAAGGGAGCGGGCGCCUGUCCACAAGGGGGCAGCAGCGGUGGCGCCUUCAUCGGAUACGGCGCGCGGAUGCCAUCGAUGGGCCUGGCCCACUCUUCUAAACCCAGGGGAGGAAAGGGCGAUGCCUUUGCCCAUCGAGGAGCAGCUGCCCCCCCGGGGCCGAAGGAGAUCCGCAUGGCCGCCAGCUGUAGCGAUUUCCUGUAAACAUCACGAGGCCCCGCUGCCGAGAAAGAAGGUCCGGGAAUCGGGUUGCCCCCGCCGUUUCCUGUUAGUUUUCUCCGGGGCGAGUCGGGUCCACCGGUCGAAGCCGAAGAAGAUCCGCGGCGCCGCUGGCCCCCAGAGACGCUGACGAAGCGCCACGCGGCCUCGUCACCGAAAAAGAGGGCCCGUACACCUGGAGGUCCCCGGGGUUUCUCGUGGUUUUCUCCUGGAUGGGUCGGGCCCAUCGGUCGAAGCCGGAGAAGAUCCGCAGAGCCGCUGGCCCUGGCACCCGAGACUCCCCUGAAACACCGCUGGGCCCCGUUGCCAAGAGGGCAGGCCCGGAGAUAUGGAGGCCCCAGGAAUCCUACCGCCCCUGCUUCUCUUCCUUCUGCUUCAAGCUUGCGGCAUUCUAAAAGCCGAGAGCCUCCAGCGGUGCUGUCCGGCCCCUCACUCUCCUUACACUAGAAUCCAACCAAAAGCAAGAAACGAGGUAACAAAAAGUGGCCGAAAGAGUGCGCUGAGUGCGUUUGAGGUUCUGGUGGCCUUUUCAUUUUAGAAAUGGGCAGACCACACUAGGCUCCAGGGGUACAAUUUGAGAAACGGAGAUGGCGCUAGACUGCCCGCAGCGUCGUAGGAUCCGUCCCCUCGACCUUGAGGGCGGCCGGUGUCCAUUUUCGCACCUCGCGCGCCAUUCCCUCGAAAAGGGGCGCCAGGCCCGUCGACCGGCGACCGGCGAAGACGGCUCCGCGCGACUGGUUCCUCUCGCAUUGCACUUGCAGGCUGCGCUGACCCCCUUCUUCCAAACCCGGCGCAGGCUGUGUCGCGAGGGGCUUCGACGCACGGGCGCCUGGACCCGCUAGCCGCACUACUCCCAGGCACCUACCACCCCAGGACGCGCGGAGAAGCGAGUCGCCUGGCCAAGGAAAAAGGGCCGCCGGCAGGGCGGUUCGGGGCGAAAGUCGCUGCGGGGCGCACACUUUCUGCUUGCCGAUGCAGUCGCGGCGGGUCGCAAGCGUGGAGGAGAUGGCGCAGCGCGCUCCCUCCUACCGGGGGGCGGCUCCGCAGGGCAACCUGGCUGAGCCUGAGUCCACGCGCGCUGCCCGUUGACGCAUAUUCGGGACCGAUUUGAUAAUCUAAUGAGGCUCGCAGCUGAGCACCUUCAACUCAUAGCAACAGCUGGGAUCCAAUUUUGAAUAUCUUCCCUUAGUCACGAUUCACUUCAGUGGCGGCAGAGGCUGGCUACCGUAAUCCGACCUGUUUGCCCACAGUCGCCUUGAGGUAACAGUUUCUAUACAUAGCUAUACCAGCCCCUGAGAACAUACAAAGAUCAUGUCGCUGGCGCUUGUUCCGGGUGUCUCCCGUGCGCCUUUUGCAGCUGCUUUUCCGCAGUCCCCUUCGGGGCUCCGGCCAAGCCCUGUUCGCGUUCUCCCCGUGCCUGGCACCGAAGCCGGGCGGGCGAGCGCGACGCCCGACCGACGAAGAAGAAACACAAGGGAUCGACUUCCGUAUGGCAUCACUGGUUGAGAACUACAGGAGCGGAUAAAUAUGUGGGUCGCAGCAGCACCUAUUGUAUAAAUGCGUGUGUUGUGGUGCGAAAGUAGUUGUAGACACUCUCUCUCUCUUUGGUGUCUAAGAAUCUCUCUCGCAGCUGCGCCGGACUUUCUGUUGCCCAUAGCCUCUCUUUCUCUCUGCGGUGUUCUCAAUCAGUAGAAGCACUCAAGAGAAGGCAGAGCAAAGCAUUCGUGAACAUCGUAGCAGCUUUUUCACCUCUCAUUUCUACGAAUCGUUCAUCAUCAGAGACGAAGUUUUGCCUUCUCUGGUGGCAGCUGCGUUGGACUUUCUGUUGCCCAUAGCCGCCGCGAUUGUCAUUCUGAGGGCAUCCGUUUCCACAUCCCACCACGGACCGCUUAUUUUUACGGUUUAGUACAAUUCAUUUCUACCCGUCAUUUCUCACUUGCUUGCUCCGUCUUAGGAGAAGUGAAUUGCUUUGCGCUCUAAUAUUUGGAAUGAUGAUAGUGAUCUCCGAUUCUUGCUGUUGUUGUCUACUGCGGUCGUGGCUCUACGUGCGGUUCUGCGUUGGGGGAUGCAUCGAGUAUCAUGUACCUUCAUGAUCAUAAGAAAGAUGAAAGUGACCAGAAAGAAAAGAGAGAUGAAAGACCAGAAAGACUUUUUCAAUUUGAAACGAAUUUGGCAAGAACUUAAACUUUUUUUGUUUGGUAUUUUCUCCUAG